AUGUCGGCUGAGGAUGAUGAGCGAGUGGGUAUGGAGGUGGACGAAGAGCCCAACUUGCGGAGACGAACACAGCGCGAGGACGAGGAAGAGCGGAAUGACGAAAAUGACGAGCGGCGAGAGGAGGGCGAAAGCGAUGAGGAGGACGAAGAUGGCGAGGAUCACACUGGCGAGAAGGGCGAGGGGAAGAAGAAGAGGAAGGAGCCCAAUCCGCACGAAGGGAGGCUCAAAUUCCGGAACUACGUCCCACGGGAUAACCUGCUGCGCGAGCUGAGGAUCGAGCCAGCCCCGCUGCCGUCGAUGGUGGGUGAGAUCAACCGAAAGCUGAUCAUGAUGGAGGGCAGGAGGGGCGAAGAUCUGCUGGCUCUGGCGCCCAAGAAGCCCAAUUGGGAUCUCAAGCGCGACAUCGAGAGGAAGCUCGAUGCCCUCGAGAAGCGUACGCAGCGCGCCAUCGUCCUUCUCCUCAAGCAGAAGCUCGAAGGUGGAGAAGGCGCCAUCGAAGGCGCCGAGCGAAUGAUGAUCGAGGCCAAGCAGGAGGGGCUCAGCCACAUCGACUAA